AACAUCCAAACUCCGUCCUCCGCUUCGGAACCAUCGCCUCCGCGCUACACAUCAGCGACAGCAAUGGCGUCCUAGGGUUCAACCGCCUCGAUUCUUCCGGGCGCCACAAUGCAGAGCUCGCUCGCGAGGCCUCCGCCUCCGCCUCCCUUGAUCCGGGCGGGCCCCGCGAGCGUGACCUACCGCGCUCGCCCGAGGUCGGCGCCAGUGGUGCGAUGCCACGGGGAGGCGUCGCCGGCGGCGGCGGCGGGUUGGGCACCACCGGGGCCGUACACGGGGAGGGACCCGGAAGCGAAGAAGCCCGCGUGGCUUCGGCAGCGGGCGGCGCAGGGGGAGAAGUACGCGAAGCUCAGGGAGUCGCUCGGCGAGCUGAAACUCAACACCGUCUGCGUCGAGGCCCAGUGCCCCAACAUUGGAGAGUGCUGGAAUGGAGGUGGCGGGGCAGGUGGAGAAGGGGACGGCAUUGCCACAGCGACUAUCAUGCUUCUCGGUGAUACAUGUACCCGGGGUUGUCGAUUUUGUGCGGUGAAAACUAGUAACAAGCCUCCACCACCGGACGCACUGGAACCUCUGAAAACAGCCGUGGCGGUUGCAAGUUGGGGAGUAGACUAUGUUGUGUUGACAAGUGUUGAUAGAGACGACAUCCCUGAUGGUGGAAGUGGCCAUUUUGCCGAAACAGUAAGAGCUCUAAAGGAGUUGAAGCCUGAGAUAUUGGUGGAGUGUCUAACUUCAGAUUUUCGAGGUGACCUGGAGGCGGUUGCAUCUUUGGCGAACUCCGGUCUAGAUGUGUAUGCCCACAAUAUUGAAACUGUGAGGAGUCUGCAGAGAGUAGUUAGAGAUCCUCGAGCAGGAUAUGAUCAGAGCCUAGCAGUUCUGAAACAUGCAAAAGCUUUGAAAGAGGGCAUGGUAACAAAGUCUUCGAUCAUGCUUGGUCUAGGUGAGACAGACAAGGAGGUGAAGCAAACAAUGGCUGACUUGAGGGCCAUCGAUGUUGAUAUUCUUACCUUGGGACAGUAUUUACAGCCCACAGAAAGACAUUUGAGAGUCAGAGAAUAUGUGACUCCUGAGAAGUUUGAUUUCUGGAAGGAGUAUGGAGAAUCUUUAGGAUUUGUUUUUGUUGCUAGUGGACCUCUGGUUCGGUCCUCAUAUCGCGCGGGGGAGCUAUUUGUCCAAAAUUUCGUCAGACGUAAGAAGGCCGAGCUUGUAUCUGCUGCAUAGUAAUCUGAUACCAUUCAGCCGAUUAUAUUCCGUGCCAGUGUUUUGCACAGGAAGAAUUAGUUUUGAGGUCAGCUGAAAUGAAAGAAAUGUUCACCCUUCAACUUCAAAGUCACUAUAUUCCAUUGGCACUUCAGUUUUAUCAUUGCUUGCACUUUCUAGUUCAAUCAUGAGUAAUUUCUGUUGCCACUCUGGAGUAUGCCAUUUUGUUCGUUUGUAUCACUUGCUUAGAUAGAUAAGUUUGUUGCCUGUAUGGGAAUCCAAUAGAUAUCUAUACCAAGUUUUAUUGUAUGUGAUGCUU